CCGCGCAAUCAACAGUAUAAUAACUAAAUCUGCGUUGAUGCAAAUAUUUGCAAGUAUUUACACACAUAAGCCCCACGUGUAUGAAAAUAGCUGCAAAAAUGCAAAUGAUCACGGUCGACGAAUUAUUAUGAAAUUUGAUAAAUAACAUGACAGUGACUAGAAACUUAAAGUGAAAGUGCUCUUUAAACAUGUACACAUAUGCUUAAGUAAAUAAGUUAAUUAAAUAAAUUGACUCACUCAUUUAAAAUCAAUAAAUAAACAAAAAUGGUGAUAAUUUAAAAAAUGUAUACAUAAAUACCGUCGUUUCGCACUACAAAUCUAUAGAAUAAUGGCAACAUUUUACUGCUAACUAUCUGUAAGCCGACAAAAACAAAAGAAAAAAAAACAAUUCACUCUCGAAUGUACAUAUGUAAAUACAUUCAGUUAAAAAGAACUACUCGUAAAUAAAUAUAUUUAUGUACGUGCAAAGUAAGCGAAGUGUAAAAUGCUAAUAUUUGUGCUGCGUUACUUUUUCGUCUAUUGGAUUUUGCUGGCUAGCAGCGCCAGCGAGGAGGCGCUUUUGCAUGAUUUAAAUUUGGCAGUGAAGGAUUAUCCGAUAGCUUCAUGCAAAUUACAUUGCAUGCAUCAUAUACAAAAGACACAAUAUGUCGUUGAAUUGGCGGAGCGGAACAGUAAUUGGGUCAAUCAAUAUUGUAACGAUUACUGCCGCCAUGGGAAUGCAACAACUUCCUUGCAUUCGGAAAAAUAUCAUCAAAUACAUAUCCCUUACAGAAUGGCAUUAAUAUGCCGAGACGACAGAAGCCUUACAUUUCAUGUCACAUACCUAAGCAGUGCUGAAAGUUUAAGUGAUGAUAUUGAAGAAGACGACGAAGAGUCAAGUUUCCCAAAGCCAUAUGCAACAGCAGAAGACAAGUAUAAGAGCAUCAAAUUAAGAAGUGAAGAUGAAGAUCACAAUGUAUACACGAUGUCAGUGAAAGUAAAUAAUGAAACAGAGCCUCAGAUGGAAGCCACACUAACAAAUCCCUACGUUGACACCGGGCAAAAGCGUCAACCGUCAGCCGCGAUUUAUAUGGUUAAAGUACAAAGCGGUGCAACUGUGACUAUUUAUGUGUCUAAUGAUAACUUCUUCACAAUAACUGAUUUGAGGAAUUCCACCACCUACACCAUUUCUGCUGUGGCAGUGAAUGCCAAACAUGAAUAUUCCAUUGUAGCACGAGCGCAAGAAUUCACGACUUUAGAACAGGAUUAUACGCCUGGCGUGGUGCGUGAAAUGCAUUUAAAACGGUUUUUGGCGGAUGAAACCAGUGAAAUGCAUCUAAUGGCGGAGAUUACUUGGAAGCCACCAAAAGACCAAACAUGCCACUAUAUUAUACUCUACUUCGAUGAGAAUCAAGGAUCCGAUAUGACGCCCAUGGAAAUACGUAAUCCACGUUACUUAUACACGUAUACUUUGGAGAAUUUAACUUUUUCGGCCGUCUACAAGGUUGGCAUACGCGCCAAAAAUACGAACAAUUCCGUCAAAGAGAGUAAAAUGGUUUGGUUCAACAUACAGGCCCCAUCCUGUGCGGAAUGGUACAAAUACAAUUUCAGCAUUUGCCCGCCUUUUACACCUAAAGGAUUGAAAGUAAAUCGCAAAUAUAUACGGGAAAAUACAUACGCUUUAAAUAUAACUUGGCAAAGAGCUGAAUAUCCGCUGAGCUACUAUAUGAUAAUGGUCGUGGAUCAUAUAGAUGGUGGCCGAGAUUAUACUUUCAAUGUUGAUAAGGACGCCUGUAUGUAUUUCAUACCGGAAGUAGAACUGAACGGUACACUGUUUGAUGUGCAUUUGGUCGCCUUCACGCCUGGUGGCAAUGCAAGCGCUGUCCUACAAGAAGCCAAUAGCCGCACGGUGCUGCUGCCAGACAAGAGCCAAUCUAUUGUGAAGUUAAUUCUCGCUGUGCUAACGCCAAUCUUCUGUGCUGUCAUCCUGUCAUUAGCGACAUUCAUUGUUUGUCAUCGUCGGGCAAAAAUAAAAAGAUACCAGGAGCGUUGCAAGUAUUUUGAGGAUCUGGAGAAGAAGGCCCCCAUCGAUCCAAAGUCAACCUUUGAUUUUCCAACAAAGAAUUUACUCACCUCCCCAGAAGACUUAACGCUAUUUCAAUUGGAUCUCGAAGAGAAAAUAUUUUUUAAUGAUGCCAUGGAAAUCGACUGUAGCAAUGUUACGUUGCAUGAAAUACUCGGCGAAGGUGCGUUUGGUUUAGUGCGACGGGGCACUUACAAUGAUGGCAAAUCGGAGGCACGUGAAGUGGCUGUUAAAAUGCUGAAAGAUCGGCCAACUGUCGAUGAUGUACGCGCUUUUCGUCGUGAAAUUGAAGUGAUGAAGUCGGUGGAGCCGCAUCCGAAUAUUGUUGGUAUAAUUGGGCAUUGUACGAAGCGUUACAAUGAAAUGCUUUUGUUAACGGAAUAUUGUAGUUUCGGCAACUUGCUGGAUUUUCUAAGAGAUGAAUGGAAAUAUUUGUACGACUUGAAUAUAAAAUGCAAUCGUGCCUCGCUGANAGAUGAAUGGAAAUAUUUGUACGACUUGAAUAUAAAAUGCAAUCGUGCCUCGCUGGAUCGCCUGUCCAGUCGAUUGCACAAGCACAGUGGCAAGCAUCAUCGUAGGCGUGCACGUCUAAGUCCACCGCAAACACAUCGACGCACAUGUAGUGAAAACAACAACCACAGCAUUAGUAGCCUUACCCCGUAUGAUAUUGAACGUAACUGGAAGCGCAAAGGCAAUUCUUUUGGCGGCAGUAGUGGAGGCAACGGUAUUUACAACAUCGAUGGUGGCAGCAGCAUAAUUGAAAGAUUAAAAUUCAAAUACAGAAAUCUCAACACACUACAACAGAAGUAUGCAGCAUCAGCAUCAACAUUUUACCCACCAUUAGACGAUGUAUCAGCGGCGACAACUAUGACGUCGAUCACCACCAUAAACGAUAGCGCACCACCGCCACCACCCACACCAUUGCAAUCGCCACCCUGCAUGGCUGCCGACAACAAAUCCUAUGGUUACNGUAUUAUUAAGUGCACUCUAGAUGAAUGGAAAUAUUUGUACGACUUGAAUAUAAAAUGCAAUCGUGCCUCGCUGAAUCGCCUGUCCAGUCGAUUGCACAAGCACAGUGGCAAGCAUCAUCGUAGGCGUGCACGUCUAAGUCCACCGCAAACACAUCGACGCACAUGUAGUGAAAACAACAACCACAGCAUUAGUAGCCUUACCCCGUAUGAUAUUGAACGUAACUGGAAGCGCAAAGGCAAUUCUUUUGGCGGCAGUAGUGGAGGCAACGGUAUUUACAACAUCGAUGGUGGCAGCAGCAUAAUUGAAAGAUUAAAAUUCAAAUACAGAAAUCUCAACACACUACAACAGAAGUAUGCAGCAUCAGCAUCAACAUUUUACCCACCAUUAGACGAUGUAUCAGCGGCGACAACUAUGACGUCGAUCACCACCAUAAACGAUAGCGCACCACCGCCACCACCCACACCAUUGCAAUCGCCACCCUGCAUGGCUGCCGACAACAAAUCCUAUGGUUACGAUGAAAUCUGCAGCAUCACAUGCGAGCGUCAUUCAGCAUUUGGCGUUGUUGAUAUGGAUAUUGAUUGCAAAAAUGCAAUAGAUGAAUGGAAAUAUUUGUACGACUUGAAUAUAAAAUGCAAUCGUGCCUCGCUGAAUCGCCUGUCCAGUCGAUUGCACAAGCACAGUGGCAAGCAUCAUCGUAGGCGUGCACGUCUAAGUCCACCGCAAACACAUCGACGCACAUGUAGUGAAAACAACAACCACAGCAUUAGUAGCCUUACCCCGUAUGAUAUUGAACGUAACUGGAAGCGCAAAGGCAAUUCUUUUGGCGGCAGUAGUGGAGGCAAUGGUAUUUACAACAUCGAUGGUGACAGCAGCAUAAUCGAAAGAUUAAAAUUCAAAUACAGAGAUCUCAACACACUACAGCAGAAGCAUGCAGCCUCAACAUCAACAUUUUACCCACCAUUAGACGAUGUAUCAGCGGCGACAACUAUGACGUCGAUCACCACCAUAAACGAUAGCGUACCACCGCCACCACCCACACCAUUGCAAUCGCCACCCUGCAUGGCUGCCGACAACAAAUCCUAUGGUUACGAUGAAAUCUGCAGCAUCACAUGCGAGCGUCAUUCAGCAUUUGGCGUUGAUAUGGAUGUUGAUUGCAAAAAUGCAAUGCCACAAAGUGAGAUCGACGGCAUUGAGCAGCGGCAAAAGCGACGCCACUGCAUCUAUCUCAAAAACUUUGAGUAUCAGCCAACAACUUCGAUAACUACGGCCGUUACGCCAACGGCUGUUGACGGUGCAAUUGAUAAUAAAAUCUAUUUCAAAUUGUUGCCCGAAAUGGUGAGCGAAGCAGCUUUGCGGCAACGACAAUGGCAGCGACGCCAUGCACGUGCUGCUGCACGCAAUCGAAAAUUGGCAUUAGAGGAGACGCAGCUUCAAACUAGUACAACAACAACAACAACAACAACAGCGACUGUAAUGAGCACUACAAAUGCAGCCAAUGAUAACAACGAUACGUUAAGAGCAAGCGUGCGACGAGAACCAUUAAGUGCCGCUGACCUGUUGGACAUAGCGCGGCAGGUUGCCGCCGGCAUGGAAUUCUUAGCCAAGAAUAAAGUGGUUCAUCGUGACUUGGCUGCGCGAAAUGUGCUUGUCGCUCCGGAUCGCACCAUUAAAAUAGCCGACUUCGGGCUCAGUCGAGACAUUUACCAGGAAAAUGUAUACAAGAAAACCGGAAAUGGAAAAUUGCCCAUCAAGUGGCUAGCUUUGGAGUCAAUGACUCAUCAGGUUUACACAACGCAGAGUGACGUUUGGUCAUACGGUAUUCUACUCUAUGAAAUUGUAACGCUCGGCGGCACUCCAUACCCUUCGAUACCGACAAAUCGGCUGUUACAUCUACUGAAGACCGGCUACCGCAUGGAGAAGCCAAAGAAUUGCGGGCCUGAGUUCUAUAACCUCAUGUUUGCCUGCUGGAAUGUGAAUCCUGGCGAACGUCCUACAUUUAGUGAAAUUAUUAAAAUUCUUGACGACUUUUUGGCUGAUGAGCCCGAACGACAAAUCGAGAAUGUAUUGGGUGUGCCGACUUUAGAGUGCAUUGAACAGUGUCAACACCAAAAGCGACCGCUUCAGGAGCAACACAUUCAAAUCCAACAACAAAGGCAACAAUUCCAAGAACUACCACAAACGUCACUUGAUGAUGACGAAGUUAUGAUGGAUGCAUCAAAUAUGGAUGACUCUUAUUUGAAACCUUUGUAGUGGAAGUAAAAUGACUUACAGAGAAAAAAAAACCGAAAAGGUGAAAGAGGAAAAAACAAAAUGCAGGAGAAAGCACCUGAAAUGCCAAACAAAAAACACAAACAUUAAAAUUUCCAUCAAAGAUAAUGGUGGUCAUAGGAAGAGCGCUAGGGUGGUCCAAAAUAAGUAAAGUCGGAAUUUCAAUCGAAAAAUAUACCCCUAUUUUUAUAUUUUGAAAUAAA